UUUUGAGGCAGAUACUCAAACGUUUCAUAAGUUACUGUUGCUCACUAGAAUGAAGAAAGAAAAGAAAGACUUGCUAUAUGGAAUACUUGUGGUCAUAGGUGCGUUUUGUCUUCAUUUCAGUUGUGGACAUUUUUAUACUGUUUCAAACAUGGCAACAUACAUAAUGUCAUACAUAGCAGCAAGAGUUGACAAAAACAUCAGUGAUAGCUCAGCUGUAUGGUUAUCUGCACUUGGUCUUGGAUGUCAGGGUAUGGCUAUGCCAAUAGGUGGGUUUAUGGGAAAGAAAUUCGGACCUAAAUCAACAAUGAUUGCCACGUUGAUUCUCGGAAGUGGAAGCAUUCUGUUAACAUAUAUUGUUGUACAGAAAACGUUUAUUGGUGUAGUUUUUACUGUUGGUAUAAUGUUUGGACUGUCGAUGGGAAUUGGUUAUUCCGUCGCAAUAGCUUGUGCAGUCUCUUGGUUUCCUGGAAGAAGAGGAUUAAUUGUUGGUAUAAUUGUUGGUGGAUUUGGAUUGGGCUCCCUAAUUUUCACACCAAUUCAAACUGCAUAUAUCAACCCAUCUAACUUAAAGGUGGAUAGUCAAACAAGGCGUUUCACUGAUCCCGAGCUUCUUGAUAGAGUCCCAAAUGUUUUCUUGGUAAUGGGUUCAAUAUUAGCAGCAUUGCAGUUAGCGGCAUGCAUACUUGUCCGCAUGAAACCAAUCUCAAAAGAAGAACAUGAGGAUGGAAAUGAAGAAGAAGAAGAAGAAGAAGAACGAUUAGAACGUGCAAGAAUUCAAAAUAGUCCAUCUACAGAUUCAAAAAAGAAGAAACUAGUAAAUGGUGAUUCGAAAUUCAAUCGUAACACUGUGGUGGAAGUAAACGUUAAAUCUGGAAAGCUUUUACGUCAUAUCGACUACUAUCUUUUAUUUUUUAUGAUGCUUCUUAACUGUUUUCCAAUAUCUGUUCUUACAAGUUCAUUAAAGAUCUUUGGACAAACGCAUAUAAGUGAUGAUAGGUUUUUAUCAACUAUAACAGCUGUUACUUCCCUUUUCAACUGUGGUGGACGUGUAGUCUGGGGUGCUGUCGUGGAUCGUUUUUCUUUCAAGAUACCAAUCUGCAUACAACUGUGUAUAUGGAGUGUGUUAUUAUUUACGUUUCCUGUUAUUGCAUAUGUAACGGGAGUCGCAUUGAAAGUCUUAUAUGUUAUAUGGGCAUGUGCCUUAUUUUUCUUCUUGUCUGGUGUUUUUUCCAUGAUGCCAGCUGCAACAGGGACUAUAUUUGGUCCAGUAAAUUUAGCUGUCAACUAUGGAAUGGUUUAUCUCGGAUUUGUAAGUUUGAUUAACCAAUAGUUGGCCUAUUUAAUAAUCAUUAAGUUCAAAUACUACACCUUUUGUUUUUAAUUCUUUGUAAAGACAUUUCAUCAUUUUGGUCAACCUUGAACUGUAAAACUAAACAGUAAUACUAUUAAGUUUUGCCGAUACAUGAUGACAUAACAUUUUUGUGGAUGUGUAUUAUCUACAACAGUGUGUGUGUUAAAAAUGUAAAGUGAUUUUACAAAAAAAGUGAAUAACAUUGGUCAUGUAUCGAAUAAACUUCACUGGUUAAUAUUAAAUUGCUAACCAAACACAAAAUUGAGAACGCCCCAGAUAAACGUUCAAAUACAUUGAUGGAAAGUCUUUUUAAGACUUAUGACUAGUGCAUUGACGCCAAACUUAAAUGUGGUUAUCGAAACAUUAUUUUGAGGUAAAAUAAUUUGUAAGAACCGACUCAGAUAUCACGAGUAAAUUUAUGCAAUUUAUGACAACAUAUUUCAUUAUUCAAACUGUCAUUAUACACAAUACCUAUUAAAAACGUAAGCUGAAUUACUACUAUUCACGGUUCAAAGUCUGGUCAUAUCAGAUAGAUGCAAAGACAAAUCAUCGGUUUUCAGAGAACAGUGAUAGAAUUCUCAAAUAAAAGUGAUCUCAACCAGCCGUAACAGUCGAGAUAAGUUUACCAUGCGAAUGAAAAACCGUACAUUCAAUGCUUUUAUCAAUGUUCAUUCAAUGUUAUUAUUUCACAAAGCCUACUCAAUUUAACCAUAAAUUGUUUGUGGGUUCUAAUACCCAUUUAUUUUUUUAAACAGAGACCCGUAAUAAUUUGAUUUAUAAGGAGAUCUGUUAACAAAAAUUCAUCUUAAAAGACAAUUAAAUUACCAUUUAUUUAUGAUCCGUUUGUUUUUAUGACAUUUUGGUGUUUCAAACAAGUCAUUUGGAUCAGUACUUUCUCUUGUGAUGAGUCUUUUCUGGGAAGCAUCUCCUGAAAUCUACUUUACCGUUUCUGGAUGUGUAUGCUUAGCUACUUUUGCCUUAGCCAUAUGGCUUGAUGACAGAAAUUUACCUAGACGUUUACGUUUCAUGAAUUGGUUUUCAAAUCAAUGUUUAUCCAGUCGAGUAUCUAAUCAACUAACAGUUAACACAAGUGAAGAUUUAUGAACUAGACAGAACCAAUAAAUACUACUUAUUUUUAACACUUAUGAAAAUGAAACAUUCAAAACCCCUGUUUCUUUCUUUGCUUUUAUUUAUAAUAGUUAUUUUUAGCGGUGAUUUUUAUCUUGAAAUCAUUAGUACGCAUAAUGCAGCAAAUAAACAAUUACUUUCAGAAUUUUUUUUAUUUCAAUGUACUUCAUUCUUUUUUGCUGACUAUUUUACUCCAAAAUAUUCGUAUAUUCAAAUCUGGAAAUCUUUUUGUGAGGUAAAAAAACGAU